AUGGGGCGGACGCAGGGCCGGGCAGACCAGGGCCGUGUUCGCACCAAGACUGUCAAGCGCGCCUCGCGCGUCGUCAUCGAGAAGUACUACCCUCGCUUGACCCUUGACUUCCACACGAACAAGAAGAUCUGCGACGAGGUUGCCAUCAUCCCGUCGAAGCGCCUGCGCAACAAGAUUGCCGGCUUCACGACGCACCUCAUGAAGCGCAUCCAGAAGGGUCCCGUCCGCGGCAUCUCGUUCAAGCUCCAGGAGGAGGAGCGCGAGCGCAAGGACAACUACGUCCCCGAGGUCUCGGCUCUCGACUCGCAGGGCGAGCCCCUCGAGGUCGACCCCGACACCAAGGACCUCCUCAAGACGCUCGGCUUUGACGCCCUCCCCGUCAACGUCGUCGUCCCCCAGACCUUCAACGAGCGCCCCGGCCGCCGCAACGUUGUCGGUCUCGGUCGCCGCCAGGACUAA